CGUCAGGAUUGGGAACAAACCCACCACCUCCUGUAUACCGGGCGAGGGAGAUAACAUCUUGCCACCAACUUGCUAUAGAAGUUCAUCUCUAGAUACUCAUCUCACGAAUGAGCCACAGCAGCUGAGUCUCUCCGAUUUUUAUUAACAACAUGACUCAUUUCUUUAAAUGGCGAGGUGUGCACAGUAGCCGUGUUCACAUUGAGGCUGCUGUUUGCACACUUUGGGGCACGGGUUCACAUUCCAGGCGGUGUCUCGUGAUGUCAGUGACGACAAUGAAAGUGUUUUAAGUAUUUUACUUCCUUCUUCAUCGUCACUAUAAGAGAGAGGUCCUGGUCCAGCGUCUCUCUGAGCCACACAGCGAGUGAUCCCAGCGAAGCCAUGGGUCAUAGUGAGCGCGACUCCUAUUGAGAGUGUGGAUAGUGAGCUGCGCUGCUCCAUCUGCCUUGGCACGUUCAUCUGCCCCUCCACGCUGAGCUGCAGACACUCGUUCUGCCUGCGGUGCCUGGAGGCCGCCUGGGAGACGGCGAGCAGCUUCAGCUGCCCGCAGUGCCGAGCGACCUUCCCUGUGCGACCCCAGCUGAGGAGGAACGUGGCCCUCGCCAACCUGGCGGAGGAGCUCUGAGUUGGGGACAGGAUGGCCGCGGCCGUCGUGUGUGACAACUGCGGUGACAGCCACACUCCUGCAGUGAAGACCUGCCUGAGAUGCGAGGUGUCCUUCUGUGCAACACACUUGAUGCCUCAUGUAGAGAAUCCCAGAUUGAGUGACCACGUCCUGGUGGCUCCCAUUGCGAACCUGAAGGAGCGAAGAUGCCCUGAACACACAAAGGAGAUUGAAUUCUACUGCACAGUAGACAACAGCCUGGUCUGCUCAACUUGCACCAUCGCAGGAAAACACAAAGGACACGAUGUCACCACGCUGAAGGACGAGCACGAGACACGGAAGACGCGCGUAGAGGGGGAGACGCGAGCGGUGGAGGAGAAGAGGAAGGAGGUGGAGGAGUCCAUGAAGCGGAUGGAGGCCACUCACAAGGAGGCGCAGGAAUCGGUGACCGGGAUCACGGGUCGCCUAAGGGAUACUCUGGACGAGGAUGAGAAGGAGGCUCUACGUCGCGUGGCCGUGAAGGAGCGCGAGCUGCUGUCCCGAAUUGAGGAGGACAUCGCUCGUCACAAGCGGGAGAUCAGCGAGCUCCAGGCAGCGGCCGCUCACCUGCGCGCCCUGCAGCACGAGACGGACUCGCUCGCCUUCCUGCAGGGGCACCUGGAGGAGACACGCAGGAGAGAGAUCCCAAAGGAAUCUGCACCCCCAUCUCCCACUUCACUGGACGCCACCACGAUCCGCUCCCUUGAAAGGGACAUGCGCAGACUCCUGCCUCUCGUCUAUGGACGCUCACCGACUCUGGACACAAACUCAGCCUGCGACCUCCUCAAGAUUUCCUCGGAUCUCAGGAUGGUGACGUGGAGCGGUGUCCCCCAGGGUCGCCCCCAUCACCCACACCGCUUUGAGUGCUGGGGCCAAGCGCUGUGCUCUGAGAGCUUCUCGUCGGGUCAGCACUACUGGGAGGUGGACGUGGGGAGCGCAGAUGAGUGUCGGGUUGGAGUCGCGUACGGGACGAUCCCACGGAGAGGGGGUGGUGCUGAGUGCUGCUUGGGAGGGAGUGACGUCUCCUGGUGUCUACAGAAAGAUGACGACAUCUUCUCAGUGCAGCAUGGCGGGGUAACGGCGUUAUUGUCGGUGCCGCAGCCUCCGCGGAGAGUCGGGAUCCACCUGGACUGGGACGCGGGGCUGCUGUCGUUUUACAGCGCUGACUCCAUGGCGCCGUUGCACUCGUUCCACCAAACAUUCACUCAGCCCCUACACCCUGGGCUGGGGGUGUGGGGUGAUGGUGAGUCAGUGAGGAUCGUGGAUCUGAGUGGUGCGUCCUGAGACAGGUGAACGUGAACAGCACAGAUGGCAGACGCCACGACGCACGGCGCUCGCCACCUCGUCACCGUCACGCGCAGCGCCACGCCCGUGACUGGCUGUUGGCUGUCGGUGGCUAGGGGCUGCGUGGCUCUCCAUCACAACGCGGGGGCUGAGUGUAAACAAUCCUCACAACCUUCAUGGGGGGGGGGGGGGAUGGGUGAUAAAAUAAGUACUGCUCUGUGUGUGUGAAGCCAGCGUGGACGUAUUGACCCUGCCAGAGGAGUGUGACUGUAGUGAAGGGGUGCAGUGAUUAGCAAUGGUGAACUGGGAUUUGUUUAUACACUGGUGGUGUCAUGGGUUGUGGCAGAGAUACUAGUGAGGAGUUGGCCUGUUACAUCAACAACAGUAAUAUUAAUAAUAAAUCAAAUUAAUAAUCAAAAGUAUAAAUGUUCGCGUACGACAGUGGCGUUGUAACGCUUGUAUCGUCGAUUCUACAAUAAAAAUACAGAACACAAACAACAA